AUGAAAUCUCAGCACUUCAGUACUAUUAGAGGAAAUUUAUCUCCAAGUAGAUGGGAUAUCCAAGAAAGUGAUAGAGACAUGAGUAGACAGAAGAAAGCAGUAGAGGACGAUGAUACUGCAGAUAAGACAAUAUCUCACGCUUGGCCUAUUACUAUAGACAAGAUAAGAACCUGCAAUAGGAACAGUUUCAUUGAUAGAGAUAAUCCUCUGAGAAACAUCGUAGAAGGUCCUUUCUCUCCUCAAGAAGAGAAGAAAGUUAAAGGCAAACAAAAUUAUUUCAGAAAGCCUCAGGCAAUCAAGAGAAUUCUAGAAAGAUUCUUGCCUGUUGGUUCCGAAAGAUCUAGAUUACCUGCUCAGAGACGAAGACCUUUAUGGAAUAGAAUCAAAAGUGCGAGUCCAAGAGAUCCAGCCCAAACCUCAAAAUCGAAAACUAUCAGAAUUGCUGAUCAUUGAGAUAACAAGGAAGACUCAACUGCAGUGUACAAGAGUAUCUGAAAGAUCUUGUGAGAAAUCUUAGCUAUACUAAAUUUAACCACUGACUCCUCUGUGUGAUCCAAGGAUCUUCACUUACUUCGCUCUCAACUUAAAUCCAAGAUUUCAUCUCUUAGUCUUUACCCAGCUGAUAUUGUAUCCAAGCUGAGCCCCGACAAGUUCUGUUGUCUAACAGUCUUGGUGGCCAAAGCAUUUGACAAUAUCACCUCUGCUAUGUCUUGGAGGCGUACUCCUUUCGCCAAGUUCUUUACAGAACUUUGAGAAGAUUCUGGAUGAGCCAACCAAACUAGAGUUGGCACUAUGUGUACUAAGGCACAUGAUAGCCAAGAUUUGAGGAGAAUGGGCGACCCUCUUGAUAUGAAGAAGGUUUAUGAUAGUUUUACAAAGAGGCUAGCAAAAGCUCAAGAACACAUUGCUGUAGCAUGAAAGAGGUCUGCUAAAUAUCAACGCCUUCUGAAAAGCAUCACAGAAGUCAGCUUAAAGAAGACUGAUCAACUUAAGUUAUUAGAGCAGAAAAUUGAAGAGAGGCAGAUCCUCAUUGAUUCCCAAAGAGAGCUUCUAGAUAAGAGGUUAAGUAGAGAUGUGGAAGAAAAGAAAGCUCAUGCUCAAGAAAUUUUCAACAAGUUAGACGAAGAAGAUUUUCAGAAGACUAAGCUUGUCUCCAACUUGCCGUCUCAAGCAAAGAAGCAAAGAUUGAGUCACUGUAAUCACUGCUGUAUUAGAGAUAACCAAAAAUGAUUCUUAGAGGAAUAUUUUCAUAAAUAUUACGGUUUACUUAGUACACUUGAGAAGUUAUUAAUUUGCCCAAUAAAUAUGGGAGUAGUAAGGGACCCAGUGAUCACUCCUUCAGGUAACCUUGUUGAAGCUUCAGUAAUUGAGAGGUUGAUACUCGAAAAGAAGCCGGAUCCCUUCAACAGGACCCUCCCUAUCAGACACCUCACGAUCAACAGGUUCGCAACAGAGGUGCUCAAGCUAGUAAAAUCCUAGUCUUCAACAGAAA